GUAAUAAUUGAGCAAUCCUACACAACACACGUCUACCAACCAACGCAACAAACACCGAAUCAACAUGGAUUUGAAACCAGGAAACAAAUGGGAAUACUCUUAUUGGUUAAGAACGUUUAAAACCAAUUACGACUUGACGAGACAGGUUGUCACACACGAUUCCGAUGUCAAGGUCAAAUGUGAGGUUUGCGGCAUAAUUUCCAAAAACAGAGUCACCUUAUCUUCCCACAUGUGGAAUGUUCACUCCAACCGGAAGCGACCAAGUUGUGAUACUUGUCAUCAGGUGUUUUCGACCCCUGCUAAUUUACGGCGACAUAUCGGCACCGUCCACAGCACGGGGAACGACCUCGUUUCCCAUGUGCGUUUCUCGGAUGUGAAAAAACCUACCAAACGAGGCGUGGUCUGUGGCAACACGCAUGUAAAUGCUGAACAUUCCGAGAAUCCGAUUCGAUAUGGGUGUACUCUUUGCGGGAAUGAGUUUAAAAGGAAGCAUGAACUUGAAGGUCACAUUCUCACCCACACGACCGAGAAGCCGUUCAAUUGUGCCACUUGUGGGAGGAGUUUCGCUCAUAUGAGAAGCGUGAAACGUCACGAGACCUUCUUAUGGAGGCACGAUCUACAACGCCACAUCCGAGUUGCGCAUGAAAAUCGGAGGAAUUAUCCGUGCACAUUUUGUGACCAAAGAUUCCCCAACUCAUCAGAUUUGAAGCGUCACGUGGAAGCGAAGCAUGCCACGAGUAAAGAUCUGAUCCAUUCCUGCUACAAAUGCGAGUAUAAGAGUCACUCGAAAGCCAAUUUGGCGAGUCAUAAAAUGCGUCACAAUGCAGCGCGGCAUGGAUGUUACUUCUGCGGGAAGAAAUUUUUCACCUUCAAGGAAUUAGCAGACCAUUGUCGAGUUCAUAUUUUAGAAAAGUUAACAUACUUAUGAAUAUACGUAAUCGACAGAUCAAGAUGUUGCAAUUUUUACUAAUCCUAAGUAUGUGACGUGUCAUGUUGGUGUUAAGAAAAUCCGUGAGAAACAUGUGUGACAUGCGCAUUGUAAGUUAAUGUUAUGCUUACAAGAAGUAUGUACGAGUUGCUCAUAAAAUUACUUUUGUCUGUUGUCCGUUAUUUAUUUUGUACUUCAGUAUGAAAUAUUUUUAGGUUACUACUUUUGUUGUUUACUUAAAAUUUAAGAAUAUAUAUGUAUCAUAAAGCAAGAAUUACAUAAUUGUUCCCAUACAUUUCUGAAUUAAAUAUUUGAUUUGUUUAUGCAAAAA